AUGACACCCACAAACGUUGCAGACGUUCAGACGAAACGGACAUUGCGCCGCAGCGCUUCCCUCACCUCUUCAUUGAGCCGCGACAGCCGCGCCGCGAUGAAGAGCCUGCGCACCCAACCAUUAAAACUUGGAAGCGAGGUGUUGAGAGAAGGUCGCGCCUCAUGGUUCGGCCCUCCCGCCUCGGAUCCUUCGGCCACGAUGCGCACAUCUGAUGCAGCCAUCAAUACACCCCCACGGCCGACUAGCGCCUCUUCUUCGAUCAACUUUUCCUACCCGCGGUCUUUGAGGAUUUCAUCCUCUGACCUCGGCACUACCUCUGCUACGCGAUCCAUGGACCAGCAGCAACUCUCAUCCACAGGUUCCGGAAAUGCCGUUGUGUUUGACCCCAACACCCGGCGCAUGGUAACCAAGUCGGUGCUUGUGGCGCGCGAAAACAGCUAUAGGGAGCCCAGCCGAAGCGCCUCCAAGAAGAAGAAGAAGAAGCAGGAUAAGAAGAAGCAGGAGCGGUUCUACCUGCCUCCUCCUAUCGAGGACGUCAACAAGACAGCCUCCACUGGCCUUGUCUCAGACGCGCCCGAGCUAGUGACGGGAAAUAUGUAUGAGGAUAUGGGGGCUGAGAUACACGUGGAGCCGGAAGCAAACCUCCCUCACCCUUCCACGACUGGUGAUCAUGGCCUCCAGGUUGAUGAUCACGUCACAACUGGUGUUGGAAGUGAGGGCAUGAGUGCCACCCUCUUCCCACAUAGCGACACAACUGCGGAAGACCAACAUCGAAUGUCACCCCCACAGAAUUCGCAACCGUACGAAAUCGGCGCCGGCAUGGUCACUCGCGAGGAGCCCUCAGCAGUCUCAUAUGCCUUACCCUCUAGAAUGACCGCAUACCAUCGUAUAGAGUCUCCAAUCGAACUCCCGAGCGGCGACCGACAGCUGAAACCCCCUUCUCCCGAGAUUCUGGGUGUCCCAGUGCGGCACUCACCUCCUGCACGAUCAGCUUCUCCUAUCAAGCCGGCUCUCAAACAGUCGACUAGCCCCAACCGAGGUUCCAAUCUUUCUGAUUAUGGCUCGGAGCUUUCCUAUGACCAAGGUGCUCAAUCGGAUCAAGGGCUUAGCCGCAAGAAGUCUGUCAGGGUCAGCUUCGAUGAUAGAAACACCGUCGUGGUCGGCGAGGGAGCCCCUCCCGUCGAGGAGCCUGAAUCCCCAGUGCUUUCGCCGCCCCAAUCUACCCGCAAACACUGGUAUAGUUUUGGGCGAAGGAGAGAGGACCAAUCAUCCACCGAGGAUGCCGAUGAUUCCGAAGUGAUGAAGCCAAGACCUCCGCUCCCCCACUUUGGAAGUGUCCGGGAUAAGAAAUUCCGGGAUCAUGAGGAGCGGCCCCUUGUACGCCCCGCUCUAUCGGCAUCCCACACACCUCAUUCUGGCGCGGCCCCUACACUCCCUACGAUCCCCAGUGUCUCCGACCUGAAGAAUAAUACAGAUUUCUCCAACGAUCAUGUGAUUGGUUCGUUAUUAGCUAGCGAGAUGGAGAAGAAGCACGAGGCCAACACCUCUCGCCUCCGUGAGCCUCUACCUCCCGAGGUCACCUCUGUUGAGGGCGAUGGGUUUAUGAGCGACGGCAGUAGCACCAGCAGCCUCAGGAGUUCGGAGGAUGAAGACGUAGGCGAUGACAGCGCGGAUGAAGAUCAUUCGCACCGUCUCUCGCAGGCUGCCGGUGAGUCCGAGGAUCCCAGUAUCUACAGCGAUGCCUACGAAGAUUUGUCGGAUAUCGAGGGCGAUGGCUUCAUGUCCUUGGAUGCCGUCGUUCAGAGCCCUAUUCAGGCAGACCUCCCACCGCAAUUGACCAACAUUGAGCAAUCUCAAACGAAUGCUUGGCAGGCGAAUGACCUCUCAAGAGUAGUGACCCAGACUCAUACUCUGAGCCCGCCUAUACCUGUAGCCGCUGUUUCCACGCCGGCCCCCUCGUCACACCCGCAAAGCGGCCAAGAUGUGAACUGGGAGCACGCCAAGGCCUAUUGGAGAGGCUUGACCUCGGAAAAGCGCCGCCAACUUGAGGAGGAGGUCCUGUCGGAAGCUGGAGAAGACGCAGACCUAGAUGACACGGUGACGACUAAAAAGCCCAAGAAGAAGAAGAGCCUUCCAGAGCAGCGGGUAAAUACAACAUCCCCGCGCACGUACCAGAUUGUGCCGGGAACAAAGGUUGUAGACACUCGCAACGUUCCUGUCCUACGCUCGUCGAUGCGCUCCUCCCUUCGCUCGUCAAGUGCGCCGCAAUCCGCCGCUUUCGGCGAGAACGGUUCGGCGGGAUCCAAGCCUCACAAGACGGUGCGUGUUAUUGCAGAGCCGGAGACUCCUCGCGUGGGAUUCCGCAAGACGAUGCGCUCAAACAAUAUUGGGCGGAUUCCGGAGGACGAGGAGACCAACCGCUAUAGCUUGAGAAGCCAACGGCCCGUUUCCGUUCAGUCCACAGCCGGCAGCCUUCGCAGUGGCAAUCAGCGUAAGCCGGGCCACACAACGAGGCUAACGGCCUCACUAGACGAGGACAUGCCAUCACAUCACCCUGGCAAUUGGUCGCAAAUUCAACCUCAACGCCGCGGCUCCAUGGAUAGCGACAGCAGCUUCAGGAGAAGCUCUCGACCACGACAGGCCGAAGGCGUUGCAUUCCGCAAGUCAAUGCGCUCCAACGGCGCUGCCGAAGCCCCUGCCGCAAACGGACGUCCCGAUUCACGGAGGGCCAAUGGGUUCCGCGCUAGUCAGGGCGAGCCAGAGACGCGGACUCUCCGGUCCCCGGUCGGACCCGAGACCAAGCCGCGGAUGACUUUGCGCCGGGAUUCGAGUGACGGAAGCAUACGCUCUGCAUCGCACCGUUUCCACCUCCCUUCCUUUGGCAGGUCUUCCCGAAACAGCAAGUCUUCAAGCAGGCUAGACUACUCGAGCGACGAAGAUGACCAGUCCGUCACGCUGCCCCCUGUGAGGGCCAAGCCCGAGCGAGCCAGCAGCGACAGCUGGGUCAGCCGUCGAUUUUCGGGCUCGUCCAAACCCGUCAGUAACACCAAGCCGCUUGCUUCCGCCUCUGCGGCCGCCUCCGCCGCAAAGGGCCGGCCUCUUUCGCGAGGCACGCUGAGGGAGCCCGUAGAGGAGGUCUCGGAGGAGCUGUCCGACAGCACCGACGAGGAUCCCUUGCGACGGUCUCGCUCCGGCCGCGGAUCCAUCGCCACCUCGUACACCGAGUCCGCGAACGGCGCCCCGGUCAAGGCCGACAACACCCACAAGCACGGCCUCAUGGCGGCCCUCCGGCGCAAGAAGGCGGAACCCGCCGGACGCAUCAACCGGCCGCAGCGCACGGACAGCGCCGCGCGCCGCGACACGAAACUCGAGAGGAGCACCUCGAGCUCGAGGCCCUCCGGACAGCGACUCCGUCUCCACGCCCCUCGAGGGCGAGGAAUCCCCGUCGAGGCCGUCAACGGCGCCGCCUCUUCCCGCUAUCUGCGAAAGAAGCAGCCUGUUGGCCGUGUUCCGGAGGAAGGUGCGCUUUCUACCGCUGUCGAACCAAGGAAGAAGAAGAAGUUCAUGGCCCUCAGGCGCAUGUUUGGCAUCGACGACUAG